CGAAGAUCUGCAAAAACAUGCAGAGCAACACAGACGACAGACCGUCAAGAUGAAACUCCUCACCCUCAACUUCCUGACAUGCGCGCGCAAGACGUGCAAAGCGACUGCCGCAUCCUUCCCGCUACACUGCCGUGAAGUCGAGCUGGAGCAGGUGGAAAUGGACCCGAAUCCGCUAUUCAUCAAGAAUAUGUUGCCGCGAUUGGACUGGAAGGCGAUGAAAGGGUUGACACAGGAGCUGGGCCUACCGCAAUUACCAAACGAAGCGCCAUCCGAAGAAGAAUUGCAAGGCGCAGACGGCGAGCCUACGCAGGUGCUGAACGACCUGCACACGCUGCUCAUGGAGACUAGCGUCGUGAGUGGGAAAUUGGUCUGCGGGAAUUGCGAAUACGAGUACCCUGUCAAAGACGGGAUUGCCUCUUUUCUCUUGCCCAGCCACAUGGUAUGAUGUCUCAGCAUGAAAGAAGCUGGACAAUCUGGAGGAUGAUGUGCACGUGCAAUAAUCGUCCUGUUGCUCAAGGUAUCACGUUGGCAAAGGGACUGGAGGCCGAGCGUAUGCCAGCCUCGUCCCCACAGUGAGCUCUCGCCCACCAACCCUGCGCAGCGAGGUACCAAAGGGCGGCCUUAAUCACAGAAACGACUUCCGAGUGUAAGCCAGCAUGGCCAUUCAGGAGAGAAGCAGUGCAACGGAAGAAGACAGCAAGCAUGACGGGUCGUGUAGCAAGCAAGCGUACAUCACGCCGCCACUUGCACAACAAUCACUAUAUUCCAUCUAGACCACUUAUCUACUCAGGAAUGUACAAUCACCCCCACUUGAAAACCACAUUCUUCCCCUUCCUCCCC